AUUCAAGGUCACACGUUUUAAACCUUUUUGUUGUAUUAUUAUUAUUAUUAUUGUUGCCUAGUAACGAUUUCAAAAGAGCGGGAAACUCGAUCUGUGAUUUGCACGUUGCCUGGCAACUGAUUGUAAAUGUCGCGGGAAAUUUAAAUUUGUUUUUUUUUUAACUUUGAUUUGCCAAAAUGUUGCAAAACCUGUCACUUGUUGUAAUAAUAAUAAUUAAGAUAAACAUUGUGAUGAGUCAGUGUCUAGAGUCUCAUUGGCAAUCACCCACAUUCUCGUAUUUCUAAUCGUGCAUCUCAAUUGCCUAAUUAAUUUUCUGUGAAAGCUAUCACGGCGAACAUGACACAAGAAUCGCGCGCAAUCUCUUAUAAUUUGAUUCAAAAUUACCGAAAUUCCAGAUUUAAUUAAAAUUACAUGUGCAAGAUAUUGUCGUCCUUGACUUGACCAAAGUGCCCCAAUUCGGUCCCAGUUUCUCGCAGUCUUGAUUCAGUCGCCAAUCGAUUUGUCCGUCAUGCCGUGAAAAUGAGGAAAAUCGUGUAUUUUUUCUGUGCGGCGUUUUUCCUUUGUGCAAAUUCACAAAAUCUCCUCAACGAUUUUCGGCGUUUUUUCGGCGCGAGUGACAUCACCGAUACGACGAAUUUCCGCAAAAGUUACGACUUUGUGAUCGUGGGGGCUGGUUCGGGGGGCUGUGUUGUGGCGAAUCGGUUGAGUGAGAACCCCAAUUGGUCGGUUUUGCUGCUGGAGGCCGGAGACGAUGAGAAUUUUUUGACGGAUGUGCCGUUGAUUGCGUCGUUGCAAACCAUCACGAGUUACAAUUGGGGCUAUAAGAGCGAGAGAUUGAAAACGGCGUGUUUGGGGCUCAUCGACGGGCGGUGUAAUAUGCCCCGAGGCAAGGCCCUCGGGGGCACUUCAGUGAUAAAUUUUCUCUUGUAUACCAGAGGCACCAAACUGGAUUUUGACCAAUGGGAAAAUCUAGGAAACCGUGGUUGGAACUACGACCAAGUCCUCCCUUAUUUUAUCAAAUCGGAAAAUUGUACGAAAUGUCGGGAAAUUGAUGGAAAAUAUCACGGGAAAAGCGGUUAUUUGAGUGUGGAACACCCGGGGUAUGAGUCACCUCUAGUCAAACUUUUUAUAAAAUCGGGGGAAGACCUGGGGUACCAAAACAACGACCCUAACGCCCCCUAUGGUCUAGGUUUUUCCAAAGUUUUGGCAACAAUGAGAAACGGGAUGCGUUGUAGCGCCUCUAAGGCGUUUCUCAAGCCGGUUUUACACCGCCCCAAUUUACACAUUUCGAUUAAAACACGUGUUACUAAAAUUCUAAUCGAUCCAAACACUAAACAAGCCUAUGGAGUCGAAUUUUUGAAAAAUCGGCGCAAAUUCACAGUUUUGGUAAAAAAGGAAGUGAUUUUAUCGGCUGGGUCAAUUAAUAGUCCUCAUUUAUUGAUGCUAUCAGGUGUAGGUCCUCAAAAGGAUUUAACCCGUGUGGGAAUCCCCGUUUUACAAAAUUUAAAAGUCGGUUAUAACCUCCAAGACCAUAUGGCAAUGUCUGCACUUGUGUUUUUUGUCAAUGAAUCAAUCACGGUUUCGGAUCGGGGGGUGCAAAACCCCGUUGAUAUUUUCAAUUAUGUUUUUAACGGAAGGGGGCCUUAUACUAUACCCGGAGGGGCCGAAGCCCUAGCUUUCGUACAAACGAAAUAUGCAAAAGUCGGGGAUUACCCUGAUAUCGAGUUGGUGUUAGGAGCUGGAGCGUUAAAUGGCGAUGUUUAUGGCAGUUUGAGGAGUCUUUUGGGGAUUCCCCGGAGUUUAUUUGAACGGGUUUAUGCCCCACAUGCGUACAAACCGGCGUUUAGUAUCGCACCGGUUUUGAUGCGGCCGAAAAGUCGAGGAAGAGUUGUGAUCAAAGAUGGGAAUCCCCUACAUUGGCCCAAAUUAAUCCCCAAUUAUUUCGAGGAUGAGGAGGAUGUGCAAACAAUGGUCGAAGGGAUCAAGAUGGCCAUUACAAUUACGCAAUCGCGCUAUUUUCAAAAAUACAACAUUACAAUGAUUACGACCCCAUUUCCUGGGUGUGAAAAUGUACCAUUUGGUACCGACGCUUAUUGGGCUUGUGCAGUUCGUCACGUGGCUACCACUUUGGGGCAUCAAGUCGGCACUUGCAAAAUGGGGCCCUUCAGCGACCCCGAUGCUGUAGUUGACGAACAAUUGAAAGUUUAUGGGAUUAAAGGGCUAAGGGUGGUCGAUGGGUCCAUCAUGCCCAAUGUGGUGGCCGGACACACCAAUGCUGUGAUAAUGAUGAUUGGGGAAAAGGCUUCGGACAUGAUCAAACAAGAAUGGACAAGAAAUUAACUAAACCAGUUUUUUUUGUACAUAAAAUACGGGUUUGUUGCUUGUAUAAGACUGUAAUUAAAUAAUAAACGUAAUUUUGUAUCAA